GGCUCCCGGCGUCGCCCGCCACUCGCCCGCCCCUCCCUCCUCGCCGCCGCUCGCACGUCGGGAGCGCCCGGGCCGAGCGGGCGGCGCGCCGGGGGCAUGCGCUCCAUGAGGGCUCUGCAGAACGCGCUGAGCCGCGCGGGCAGCCACCGCCGGCGGGGAGGCUUGGGUCAACCGAGCCGGGGCCCGCUCCUGGGCGGGGGCGUCCGGUACCACCUCAGUGAGGCCACGGCGCAGGGCGGGGGCACGCCGUACAGCCACCAGCCGCAGCACACGGAUCAUGAUGCAUCUCACAGCGGCAUGCUGCCUCGACUUGGUGACCUGCUCUUCUACACUAUUGCUGAGGGACAGGAGCGCAUCCCCAUCCACAAGUUCACAACUGCACUGAAGGCCACUGGACUGCAGACGUCAGACCCCCGGCUCCAGGAUUGCAUGAGCAAGAUGCAGCGCAUGGUCCAGGAGUCCAGCAGUGGAGGCCUCCUGGACCGAGAUCUUUUUCAAAAGUGUGUGAGUGCCAACAUUGUGCUCCUGACUCAGGCAUUCCGAAAGAAGUUUGUCAUUCCUGAUUUUGAGGAGUUCACGGGCCAUGUGGAUCGCAUAUUUGAGGAUGCCAAAGAGCUCACUGGAGGCAAAGUAGCAGCCUACAUCCCUCACCUGGCCAAGUCAAACCCAGACCUCUGGGGCGUCUCCCUGUGCACUGUGGACGGGCAGCGGCAUUCUGUGGGCCACACGAAGAUCCCCUUCUGCCUGCAGUCCUGUGUCAAGCCCCUCACUUAUGCCAUCUCUGUGAGCACCUUAGGCACUGACUACGUGCACAAGUUUGUGGGCAAAGAACCCAGUGGUCUGCGCUAUAACAAACUCUCCCUCAACGAGGAAGGAAUCCCCCAUAACCCCAUGGUCAAUGCUGGUGCCAUUGUUGUCAGCUCCCUGAUCAAGAUGGACUGUAACAAAGCUGAGAAGUUUGACUUUGUAUUGCAGUAUCUGAAUAGGAUGGCUGGGAAUGAAUUCAUGGGGUUCAGCAAUGCCACAUUCCAGUCAGAGAAGGAAACCGGGGAUCGGAAUUAUGCCAUCGGCUAUUACCUCAAGGAAAAGAAGUGCUUCCCUAAGGGAGUAGACAUGAUGGCUGCCCUUGACCUCUAUUUCCAGCUGUGCUCUGUGGAGGUCACCUGUGAGUCGGGCAGUGUCAUGGCGGCCACUCUUGCCAACGGUGGCAUCUGCCCCAUCACAGGCGAGAGUGUGCUGAGUGCUGAGGCCGUGCGCAACACCCUCAGCCUCAUGCAUUCCUGCGGCAUGUAUGACUUCUCUGGCCAGUUUGCCUUCCAUGUGGGCCUGCCAGCCAAGUCAGCUGUGUCAGGAGCCAUCCUCCUGGUUGUACCCAAUGUCAUGGGGAUGAUGUGUCUGUCACCUCCAUUAGACAAGCUGGGGAACAGCCAACGGGGCAUCAGCUUCUGCCAGAAGUUGGUGUCGCUGUUUAACUUCCACAACUAUGAUAACCUGCGGCACUGUGCGCGGAAGUUAGACCCCCGGCGAGAAGGAGGAGAAGUUCGGAACAAGACCGUGGUGAACCUGCUAUUCGCUGCAUACAGUGGAGAUGUCUCAGCUCUUCGAAGGUUUGCUCUGUCAGCCAUGGAUAUGGAGCAGAAAGACUAUGAUUCCCGGACAGCCCUGCAUGUUGCUGCAGCUGAAGGGCACAUUGAAGUUGUCAAAUUCCUGAUUGAAGCUUGCAAAGUGAAUCCUUUUGUCAAGGACAGGUGGGGCAACAUUCCCCUGGAUGAUGCUGUGCAGUUCAACCACCUGGAGGUUGUCAAGCUGCUGCAGGAAUACCAUGACUCCUACCUGCUGUCCGAGACUCAGGCCGAGGCAGCGGCUGAGACCCUGUCCAAGGAGAACUUGGAAAGCAUGGUGUGAGCACAGGCCCAGGACAGCCUCUGCUCAAGAAAGGCCUGAGCGGAUACACAUUUAACCCACAGCCUCCAAAAAUAUUACUGAAAGCUGCUUCAGUGGAGAUCAACAUGGCCACUUGGUGACACAAGCCAAUGCUUUAGUGGGAAUCAAACACCCCAUUCCCUCAGUGGACACCUGCAGUAGAGCUAGCCACAGAGACCUCCAGGUAUAGUUUAAUGGUUCAUCCACUCAAAAGUAGCCCAGGUCUUCAUCCAGGUCCCCUUUUCCUCUCUGAAGAAACCACCAAGAGAACAAGAGACUUCCUUGGAGAGACUCUAGCAUGCACAUGCAUCUGCCAGAGAAAGAGAAGUGGGUAGGAGCCAAAGCACCCAGCUGUAGACGUCUGCAGAGAUCUGUCCCUCAUAGCCAGGACAUGCUGCUACUGCUGACACCAAUUUUAUAGACAGAGACAGUAUUUUGUGUUCAAAUAAACUUUAAUUACAUGAA